AUGGACCCCCCACACACACCCGUAACGACUACUAACGGUAAUGGCAAUGGCGCGAUCCCCCAUGACGAGCCUGCGACCGCCUUCGACUCCUCCGUCUUCCACACAUACCUCCUCUCCCUCCUCCCUCCUGUCCUCGGAGCAUCGCCGGCCGAUCUGGAUUCCAUCUUUGACGACGAGUUCGACGAGCGCAUCACCCGCUUCGCCUCGGAAGGCGGCGGUGUAAUCUAUGUUGUAAAGCGGAAAAACGAGGUCGAAGACGACGCGCCUCCGACGUAUACCUACCAUAUCACCUCGCAUCUAACAUAUACCCCCUCCAACAACACCACCCUCGCACUCAUCAAACGAGCCGCCACGCUCGAUCCUCUCUCCCCUCUCGCCACCCAGCUCCACCUCCUCAACUUGUUCGGUGGCGACGAAACACCAUACGAGAGUCUCCAUGCCGUCGUGAGCAAUGGUGUAAAACCUUGGUUCGAUGCGUUUGUAGGCGCACGGGGCGGAGGUAAAGAAGGAGACAGCAAAUUGGGUAUCCCAAUGACGAAGAAGAAAUUUGCUGAGCUGGAGCUCUCUCUGCUACACUUGCAACAGAACGUCGAAAUCCCGGAAACUCACUUGAUCAUUCAUCCUGUCAUACAGAAAGCUGUCGAGCAGGCACAAGCCUCGGGCAACCGGCCGAAUAUCUCGCACAUCCCGCCGAAACUCCUCAACGACAGCAGUUUCCUCAACACGCUGCACGCGCACGUCAACACCUGGAUCAAGUCCAUUCAAGCCGUCACCAAGCUCAAUCGCGACGUCGCUUCCGGCACGGCCUCCCAAGAGAUUAACUUCUGGCUCAGUCUUGAGCGCGCGCUCGAGGGCAUCGAGGCCCAGCUCCGGAGCGAGGAGGUCAACAUGGUCAUGGACUGCCUCCGCAAUGCGAAGCGUUUUCAUGCUACUGUCAGUUUCAUCGCCGAUACCGGUCUGAAGGAUGCCACGGACAAUGUCCACAAGUAUAAUCAGCUCAUGAAAGAUUUCCCGCUCAAUGAGCUGCUGUCCGCGCCGGACCUUGACAAGAUCCAGGAGGCGCUCGUGCUCAUCUUCGGUCACAUCAACCGCAAGCUCAAGCUGUCUCCGUACCCGAUCCGCCGUGCACUGCCCCUCGUUGAAGCUAUCUCGCGUGACUUUAACGAUCAGCUGCUUCGUAUCCUCACGUCGCACCGCCUGCUCUACACUCCGUACGAGACCUUUGAGCGCUUGCUCCUUCAGACAAUGAACAUCUUCCGCACUUGGGAUGACCUCAUCAAGGAGUUCACAAACGUCGCGCGCGAGGUGACGCGUAGGCGGUCGGAGAAGUUCAUUCCUAUCAAGGUCGUUCCCGCGCACGCGAAGCUACAAGAGCGCACGCGCUACCUUCGAGACUGGCGGAAACAGCAUGAGCAGCUCGCGGUCAUGACCGGUCCUACGAAGGGCCUAGGUGGUGUGGGGAUGGAGGUUGGAGGGAUGGACAUGGAAGAGGAGGUAAAAGAGGCGUAUGAGGUGAUGAAGCGCAUCGACGUCCUCGAUGUGUCUACUGAGGGUACGGAGAUAUGGGUGACCGCGGAGAACGCGUACAACGAGCGCGUCGCUCGUGUUGAGAACCAGAUCAUCUCUCGUCUGCGCGACCGCCUCGGAACGGCGCGGAAUGCCAACGAGAUGUUCCGUGUGUUUUCCAAGUUCAACGCGUUGUUCGUGCGGCCAAAGAUUCGCGGUGCUAUUCAAGAGUAUCAGACACAGCUGAUCGAUUCCGUGAAGGAGGAUAUCAAACGUCUGCACGACAAGUUCAAAACGCAAUACCGGUUCUCCGAAGCAUACCACAUGUCACAGAUGCGGGAUCUGCCUCCGAUCGCAGGAGCCAUCAUCUGGGCACGGCAGAUCGAGCGCCAGCUGCUGACCUACAUGAAGCGUGUCGAGGACGUUCUUGGCAAGGGGUGGGAGCUCUACGCAGAGGGCCAGAAGCUGCAGUCCGAGAGCUCUGCGUUCCGCAAGAAGCUCGAUACGCGGCCAGUCUACGACGCAUGGCUGCACGACAUCAACCGGCGCGAUAUGGGGGUUAACGGCCGGCUGUUCGAGAUCGUGCGCCUGCGCGGGGGUGGCUUUCAGCUUGCGGUGAACUUCGAUCCGCAGAUCAUCACGCUUUUCAAAGAGGUCCGCAACCUCCUCUGGCUGAACUUCCAGGUCCCACAUGCGACCACCAAUAUGGCCAAGGAUGCGAAGCGGGUGUACCCGCACGCGGUCAGUUUGAUGGAGACCGUGCGGACAUACGGGCAGACGCUGGACCUAGUGGAGAAUAACAAGGGCAUCGAGUGGCUGGUCGCGGAGUAUCGGAACGAGGCGCAGCGGAUGAUCACUCGAGGCAUGAAUAUCAAGUGGGACCACUUCGUGAGCCAAUAUGAUGCUGCUCGCUAUGUCUCUAGUGGCGACGGUCGCGAUAACCGCCACAUCCAAUUUGUCAGAGAGUUCGCGAGCGUCGUGUCCGUUCUGCAGGAUAAGACGAACAACGUCAUCGAUCUCUACAAGGAUAUCCUCCGCGCCGUCGAAGACCUCUCCACAUGCUCCUAUACGACUGAGGCAUUCAGCGAGCUCCUCAGUCGGAUCCAAGCAGCAACCGACAAACUCAAUCUGGAAGGGUACGCCAACCUGGACCAAUGGGUAGCCGAACUGGACAAGAAAAUCGAAGAGAUCCUCUUGCAGCGCUUGACGCAUAUCAUCCAGGUCUGGUGUCAAGAGUUUGACAAGACAGAUGACGGGGAGAUGCGUCGAGAUACAAUCUUGACUACGAAUAAACGUCAUGGGGACAAGAGGCAUAAUGAGAAGUUCCUGGAGGGCAGCAUGACGUUGAAGCCGAUCGUGCAUGAAAUUCGGAUACAGAACCAGGUCAUCUUCCUUGAUCCGCCAAUAGAAUAUGCUCGUCAGACCUGGGUCAACCAGUUGCAUGACUGGCUAGGCAUCGUAUGUCGACUGAGACGGAUACAGAGUUCUCGUUACGAGAUUGGUCUUCAGAUGCAAGGGGCCACCACAUUUGAAACAACAUAUACCUCUCUGCUGAUCCACUUCCCCGACGAUACUGUCGAACGGCCAUUUGCACUGGUCGAGACCAAAGUACAACAGCUAAAAGACUACGUCGGCAAGUGGCUGCAGUUCCAGUCCCUCUGGGAUCUUGAAGCGGAAUACGUCUUCAACCGGCUUGGGGACUCGCUCGCGAACUGGCAGCAGCUCCUGACGGAGAUCAAGAAGGCGCGCUCGACGUUCGACACCACCGAGACGCAGAAGUCGUUCGGCGUGUGCGUCAUCGACUACGAGCAGGUGCAGGCGCGCGUGAACGCCAAGUACGACGCGUGGCAGAGGGAUAUCCUCAGCCGAUUCGGGGUCAAGCUCGGGAACGCGAUGAAGGAGAUGCACGCGUCCAUAUUGAAGGCCAGGAAUGACCUUGAACAUCAUUCGAUCGAGGGUUUGGUCGGGGGUGCGCGGAGGUUCUGACGGUUUCUUGGUACCAUGUUUUUCUUUUCUUUUUUGUUCCUUUCCUUAUGUUUCGGAGGUGGUUUUCGUGGAACUGCCACUCUUUACUUUGUUACGACCUGCAUUUUUCCUUGCCAUGCCUUGCCUUGCCUUAUGGCAUCUUGUAUUGUUUAGAUCUCUACACUAACAGAUCAAACACAUUCAUUUCCUGUCCCAUUCAUAUGUUAAUAAUACCAUUGUGCUACAUCCUGCCAAUUCCUUUAAAGCUGUG